AUGGCUCAACAACGCACACUUAAGUCAUUUGCACCUAUUCAAGGUAUUGCGUCAGACACACGAUUUAGACUAUCACCUGGUGAUGAUGAUAGCAUUAGCAUUGAAGCUGGGGUCGGCCAGGAAGGUGAUCUUGUGCUGGUUGAAGCAAUGAGCGAUACCGGUGCUUAUAAGGAGAUGGAAGAUUUAAACGGUUAUGGUAUGCGUGUUUACAAGCGACAGCGGUUUAUUGCCGUGUUGGGCAAUCGCGAAUCCAGCAAGUAUUUAGUUGGCGGCUUACCUGAUGGUGGAUUACCUAUAUGGGACCACCGUCAGUAUUUCGUUGCUUGGGUCUACUGA